AUGUCCCGUGCAGAAACCGGCAGACGGCAGUCUCUCCUCGGUGGCAUCUCGAAUAUCAGUAGCAUGCUCAAGUUUGGCUGGAACCAGCCUCCCGCGUCUCCUGGAGCGUCUCUGGGACACAAACACCAGCCUUCGGUGGACUCUCAGAUCACUCCAAAGGCAGAAACACCCAAUCCGUUUGAUACUGUGGCCACAAAGCCAGCUGGGGGAGCGACGCACGGAACCUCCACUACGCCGCUCGCACUCACCCCGACAGGUGGUAUUCAGAGCUUGCCGACUACCCAGCUCACACUGAACCCACCGACAUUUGAUCUCCAACUGCCUACUAAGAUUAAAGGUGUAAAAACAACAGUACAAGCCUCGAACAAUCUUCCUCCCACAAAUUCUGCCCCCCAAGCCAUGCAGGCCGCGACCAAGGCGUCGAUAACCGCACCACGAGGUCAGCUACAUGUCAAGCUCAUCCAAGCCCGUGGUCUUGCAGUCAAAUCUGCUCUUUCCCGGCCCUAUGUCGUCGUCGUCUACGAGCAAAACGAGUUUAUCAGCCGCGAGCCAACACACGAGGGCGAGAAGGAGGUAAAGGGCAGGCCAAAUCCGCUCAGCAGGCAAUCGAGUAGCGUCAAUGUAACUGCUAAUACGACUACACCCCCCAGGAGCUCCGCCAUGGACGUUCUAGGCGGCAUCCAGCGCGCAUUCGAUAUCAAGCCUAGAAACUCUCCACCCAAAGAGGGCGAUAUCACGCCAAAGGGUGACCCCUCCACUGGCGCCCGUGACACCACUCACGGUGGCCAGAGUGGCCAGAGCUCGAGCAGAUCCUCGUCUGGCAGUUCGGGCGGAUCCAAAGUCGUCAAAGACCAGCAGUCUACUACCCCACAGUCGAUAUACGACGCGACCAACCCCGUUUGGAAGCACCAGGUUUCUUUCGCCACUCUAAUCCGCGCAACGGUUUCUCUCAAAUAUCAUUGGAAGAGACAAUUGCUGACGCCCAAUCUUUUCCUUAUCGCUGCUGGCCUUCUACCCGCUCCGCCCUUUAGCGACGUCACGUCGGAGCGCUCGAUUCUCUACCUCAACAUCUAUGACCGCAAAUACGAGGGCGUUGAGGGAUAUCUGGGUACAGUCGAGAUCAAACCUGCACUUGUACACGACCACCCAGUAGAUGUCUGGCACAAGCUCGAAUCGCAUGGAACCGUCGACGCCAAACACCCCAUCACGGGCGAGCUCCGGGUCCAGAUCACAUAUGAGCAAUCCCUCACAAAGCGCUCGCUCACCCCUCGCGACUUUGAUAUUCUCAAAUUGGUCGGCAAGGGCACCUUUGGCCGAGUCUUCCAGGUUCGCAAGAAGGAUACCAGGAGGAUAUACGCAAUGAAGGUCCUGAGCAAAAAGGAGAUUGUUGCCAAAAAGGAGGUGGCCCAUACCAUUGGUGAACGCAAGAUUCUCCAACGCAGUCUCGAGUCACCCUUCCUCGUUGGCCUCAAGUUUAGCUUCCAGACGGAAUCCGAACUCUUCCUUGUCACAGACUUUAAGAGCGGAGGAGAAUUGUUCUGGCAUUUGCAGAGAGAGUCCCGCUUCUCAGAGGAGAGGGCUCGUUUCUACAUUGCGGAACUGACGUUGGCACUGGAACAUCUACACAAGCACGAUAUUGUCUAUCGCGACUUAAAGCCGGAAAACAUUUUGCUCGAUGCCACAGGCCACGUUGCGCUCUGCGACUUUGGCCUAAGCAAGCCCGAUCUCCCAGCAAACCAGCUCACCAACACGUUCUGUGGCACAACAGAGUAUCUGGCCCCAGAAAUCUUACUGGACGAUCUCGGAUAUAGCAAAAUGGUCGAUUUCUGGAGCCUGGGCGUCUUGCUGUUUGAGAUGCUCUGCGGUUGGAGUCCAUUCUACAACGAGGACACUCAAGUGAUGUACCGCAACAUUUGCUACGGCAAGAUCAAAUUCCCACGCAACACCGUUAGCGAAGACGGAAAGUUGUUCGUCAAGGGACUUUUGAACCGUGUGCCUGCGAAUCGGCUUGGUUCAAAGGGGGAUGCUGCCGAGUUGAAGGCGCAUCCCUUCUUCUCAUGCAUCGACUGGGUGGCCCUGUCCCGCAAAGAAGUCACCCCACCAUUCAAGCCGUCUGUCGAGUCGGAUGAAUGCACGGCAAACUUUGACCCCGAGUUCACGUCGGCCGAUCUCAACGAGGUUGGGGUCGACUAUUGGGACGAAGAAGAAGCCCAGCUCGUCGAUAGCGCCUCGGGUCAACGAUUGUACAAUGGACCAGCUGGUAGCGAGCCAAUGUUUGGCUUUGGGAGCGUCGCACCUGACGGUGCGAUCGACGUACUCACACCAAUCGGAAGUGCGCAACCGCAGCCUAUUCUACCCACCGUCGUCAAGCAGGCCAAGAAGAAGCGCAGUAGUAGUCCAAUCUCACGCAGCUUGCAAGAAAAGUUCCGCGGGUUCAGCUACACUGCGUCGGAAAGUUUUGACCAGGAUGGCUACAGCGGCUUGCGGGCGCGUAUGAGGGAAGAAGAUGAGAUGGAGAGAUUGCGCGAGAUUGAGGGUCAAGCGCAUGCGGAAGCUGUCGGCGAUGAGGAGAUACCAAUUGCCAGCAGCAGCCCUCAACAGCAACCAGCGGCACUCGCGGGCGCAUUUGGUGAAGCGGAAGAAGCAAUGAGGAGGAUGAACAUUGGUGCACAGAGAUACUAG